UAAACAUUGUCCUGGCUGGCUGGCUGGGUCCCAGACACAGACCUCGCUUGGCUUUUGUUUGCUGCCAGCAGGGAGAUGAAAGCUUGAGGAGAGCAAGAAAACCCAGCACGAGGCCUCUGGGACCACCUUGUUCUAUUGGUCUUCCAAGGAUGGGAUCUGCAGCCGCCCUGCCCUGCCUGCUGCUUUGCACCCUGUACCUCACAGCUGGAGCAUCUGCAAAGCCGCACUACCUGGUGCUCUUCCCUUCCACGCUCUACUACCCGUACCCGGGCAAAGUGCACAUCCACCUCAUGGACCUGGAUGGGCCCGUGCGGGUGACCCUGCACCUGGCAAGCCAGCUCAGAGUCCCCAACGUCACCCUGGAGGAGCAGGGCAAUGAGAUCCUCCAGCUGAACUGGCCCCGCUUCCCCAACAUUUCUACUGUUUCUGCCUGGAUGUACCACGUUGCGGAUCUGCACAUCUCCAUCCAGGGAGGCUCCCUGCAGGUCUCCGAGAAGAGGAAAGUCGUGGUGAAAGCUCUGGACCCGAGGGCCUUGGUGCAGACAGACAAGGAUGUCUACGAGCCCGGACAAACUGUGAAGAUCCGAAUUGUCUGUUUGGAUCAAAACCUCAUUGCCAUCAACAGAGAGAUUCUCUUGGUGGUCGUGUGGCUGAUGCCACACGUCCCCAUGUGCAGGAUCCCAACAAGAACCCUGUGGCAGAGUGGCGAGAGGUGA